UCAGAGACUGCACAGCUGUGUUCAGCAACACAAGAUGAUGCACAGCUCAGACGGGCUCUCCCCAAACUCUCUCUCUCUCUAUGAGCAAGACUGAAAGUUCCUCUGGAAUGAUCCGAACGCUCAUCCUGGAAGCAAAUGAAUGAGACGAUGGGGUCCGGACCCGGGUCUUCCAGGGUUUGAGGAUUUAUUCGGCACAGGAUCUUCUGCAAAACCAAAGAGUUUUGCGCUCACUAUGUGGUUCAUGAACUCUUUGAGAAAAGUAUAAUGCACAAAUGGACGCUGCAAUGGAAACUGCCAGACUUGCAGUGCAGACUGUGGUUGCACGUUUUGCUGCUCUUAAGUGGCGUAUGCGCGUGCGAUAGAGUCGGUGAGGCGUCUGUGACCGACUGCUCCAAACACGAACGCCACGCCAGGAACUACGACUACAUGGAAGGGGGGGACGUUAGAAUCCGACGGCUUUACAGUCGAACGCAGUGGUUCCUCACCGUGGACGAGUACGGGAACAUCAACGGAACCCAGGACCCCAACAACUGCUACAGUGUUCUGGAGAUCAGGACCGUGUCUGAGGGCGGUGUGUUGGCCAUAAAAGGACUGAAGAGUCAGUAUUAUAUUUCCAUGAACCGCACAGGAAUUCUGCAGGGGACGAAAGAUUACAACGACAGCUGCAACUUUAAAGAAGUGUUUUUAGAAAACUACUACACGGCGUACUCGUCUGUCAAAUGGACUAAAAACGGAAAAGAGAUGUUCAUCUCUCUGUCACAAAAGGGCCGGCCUCUGAAGGGAAAGAAGACGAGAAAAGAAAGCGUUGCUUCUCACUUUAUCCCUAGAAAGUGCAGAGAGGAUGAGAAGACGCUGGCGUAAUAAAAAACAUGAAUCCAUGAGUUAUUUAUACAGUAUUAUUAAUGUCAUCAGAUAAAACACAUUCAGUCUCUGCUGCUUAAGAUCAGAAAUAUGAUUUAAAAAAAAUGUGUUAAGAUUCAUGUAAACAAACUGUUUUAAAUAUUCAUCUUUGUAUAAAGUUUUUUGUAUUUAAGAUAGAUAAGAGUCUAUGAAAGUGUAGCCAACAGAAACCUUUAUAACAAUUAUAUGAAAUAAAAUUGCCAAACAAACACACAUAAUUGACACAUUUGGCAGAGGCUUUUUAAUCCAAAGUGAAUUCUCUCAUCAGUAUGUUUGUUUGAACCCAUGAUGUUUUGCGCUGCUAAUGCAAUGCUCUUCCACAGGAGCAUCAUAAUGCAUUUAAUACAAAUCUCUUCAAUCAUGGCACAAUGCAGACGUAUGAUUGGGAAAACAUUACACUUAUAACAGUUUCUCUUUUUAUUUAAGGAGUUACGGAUGCACCCAUAUAUCAGCCUAUAUAUAAAAGCAUUUCUCCCACUAUUGACAUUGUCAGAUAGCUUAAAAACAGCUGAUGAUCAGGGCAAAUUAUAUCCUGAAAAUCAAACCACAUCAGAACUCAAACUGUGGGAUUAUUUUUAAUCUGAUCACAAUGACAACAGAAUUGAGGUUUGUGCGUUAAAAAUAAGCACAGAGAUGUUGUAUCUGUGAAUCCCUAAUUCAAAUCUUAGGGUUUUGUAUUUUUGUUAUUUUGUGGAUUCUUUAAAUCAACCCAGUAUCCAAACUGAGACGAUUUGCUCUCUUAACAGCUGAUUUUAUUGUGCAGGAUUAAUGCCAACAAACUUAACCGCGUACUCAUCUGUCAUAUGGAGACAAACAAACACAUUUCUGAAGUUUUCUUUCAUGUGAGUUUUAAACCAGAGAGUAACUGCUCAGUUUUUACAUUAUCACUUGUGUCCAUAUUUGUGUUAUUUAUGAUAUUUAUGCGAUUUCAGAGAAGAGAAGAAGAAGUAAUGGACGCAGUGAAUAAUCUGCAUGACUUCUGUAUCACGAGAGUCAGAACAUUUUCUUUUGCUGCUAUAAACAAUGAAAUAUGAGGACUUUUAUAUGAUUACAGUGCAAGACAAGAAUUAAAACUAUAUCAUUUCUACUGGACAAUGCAUUCAGAGCUUUAUUAACAUGUCAUCGUCUUAGAGGUCAUCUGUGUGUGUGUGUGUGUGUGUGUGUGUGUGUACCUGGUAAUUAUCACGUUGUGGGGACCAAUUGUCCCCACAAAGAUAGGAAUACCAGUGUUUUUGUGACCUUGUGGGGACAUUUUGAUGUCUCCAUGAGGAAACAAGCUUAUAAAUCAAACAAGAUGAUGUUUAUUGAAAAUCUAAGGUACAAGAAAGGUUUCUGUGAUGGUUGGGGUUAGGGAAUGGGGCAGGU